AUGAAACAGUUUAACGGGUCUGUGGCCCAGCUGAGACCCCAGCCAAAGGUCGAGACCGGUCCAAAGGCUCCUGUCGAGGACAGCUUUCUUCAAAGAGCAUCGAUCAAAAAUACACCUGAAGCAAAGCCUUUGUCGUGCGUGUUUGGAAACGAUGUAAGCCCCAACUCCAGCAUCGUACAAAGUCCAAAAUCAUUCGCCAAGGAAAGACGGUUCGUAUGUAGGUUCUGCGGCAAAAGGUUUCAGAAUAACAGUAACCUUAUUGGACAUGAGAGAGAAUUCACACAGGAGAGAAAACCGUUUGAAUGUCCCGAAUGCGGAAAAAGUUUCAGCCAGAAGGCCAACCUCACCACCCAUCAGAGACUUCAUACUGGGGAAAGGCCCUUUGUGUGCAUCACAUGCGGCAAAGGCUUUGCCCAAAAGAUAAACCUUCUAACGCACGAGCAGACGCAUGCAAAGAAGAAAAAGAAGAUGGAUGGAAAGCACGUUAUGUUGAACUAA